GCAGGUGUUGGGAUUCGGUUGGGCCGGCGUUUUCCGGCGGUACCUGGUGGAGCCCGCCGCCAUGUGGUGGCCACAAAAUCUCGUGCAGGUCUCGCUUUUCAGUUCAUGCACAACCUAUUGAAUUUCAGGGCGCUGCAUGAGAAAGAGGAAAGGCCAAAGGGCGGGUUAACUCGGAAUCAGUUCUUCCUUGUAGCAUUUGUUUGCAGUUUUGCUUAUUAUGUCUUUCCAGGCUACUUGUUCCCAAUGUUAACAUCACUUUCCUGGAUCUGUUGGAUGUUUCCCACUUCCAUUAUAGCACAACAGUUAGGUUCAGGGCUGCAUGGUCUUGGACUUGGGGCUAUUGGUUUUGACUGGUCUAGUAUAUGUGCUUAUCUUGGUAGCCCUCUGGCCAGUCCGUGGUUUGCUACGGCUAACAUUGCUGCUGGUUUUGCCAUUUUCAUGUAUGUCAUUACGCCCUUUGCUUAUGGGCUCAAUCUUUACAACGCAAGAAGAUUUCCCAUAUUUUCAGAUGAUUUAUUCAUGUCCAAUGGUCAAAAAUACAACAUCUCAGCUAUUAUAGACUCCAAGUUUCACCUUGACAUGGAAGCUUUUGAACGGGAAGGCCCUCUUUAUCUUAGCACCAUCUUUGCUAUGUCAUAUGGAAUUGGUUUUGCUUGCCUUUCUGCAACCAUAGCUCAUGUAUUGCUCUUCCAUGGGAGUGAAAUAUUGCAGCUAAGUAAGUCUGCUUUCCAAGAGAAGGAGAUAGAUAUACACACGAAGAUCAUGAGAAAAUAUUAUAAACAAGUUCCUGAAUGGUGGUUUGUUUGCAUUCUGUUGUUCAACAUCACAGCAACUAUAUUUGUAUGUGAGUAUUACAACGAUCAACUCCAGCUGCCAUGGUGGGGUGUGGUAUUAGCCUGUGUUGUUGCCAUAUCAUUUACUCUUCCUGUUGGAGUAAUCAGAGCCACAACAAAUCAGGCACCGGGUUUGAAUGUUAUAACAGAGUACAUAAUUGGAUACAUCUACCCGGGAUAUCCUGUUGCUAACAUGUUGUUUAAAGUGUACGGGAACGUGAGUAUGAAGCAGGCGAUUUUCUUUUUGCAAGAUUUUAAGCUUGGCCAUUACAUGAAGAUUCCUCCUAGAGCAAUGUUCGUAGCACAGGUAAUUGGCACCAUGAUAGCCGCAUUGGUGCAUUUAGUAACAGCAUGGUGGCUCAUGAAAACUGUUCCAAAUUUAUGCGAUAGAGAGUUGCUUCCAGCAGGGAGUCCAUGGACUUGCCCUAAUGAUCAUGUAUUCUAUGACGCGUCUGUGAUAUGGGGUUUGAUAGGUCCUCGCAGAAUUUUUGGAGAUCUUGGACACUACUCAGCCGUUAACUGGUUUUUCUUGGCUGGGGCUAUUGCUCCUUUCUUAGUUUGGCUAGCACACAAAGCCUUCCCUGAUAAACAAUGGAUUAGACUUAUCACUAUGCCUGUGCUCUUGGGAGCAUUAUCUGACAUGCCUCCUGCUACAGCAGUAAACUACUCUAGUUGGGUUCUUGUUGGAUUUGCCUCAGGGUUUAUUGCUUACCGCUACUACCGUGGUUGGUGGAGCCGACACAACUAUGUCUUAUCUGGGGCACUUGAUGCUGGAUUAGCCUUCAUGGGGGUUUUGCUCUACUUGUGUUUGGGGAUGGAGCAGAUCAACCUAAAUUGGUGGGGCAGCGACUCGGAUGGAUGCCCAUUAGCUUCAUGUCCAACUGCUCCAGGUGUCAAAUCUGAAGGGUGUCCUCUUUACUAAGUUUGUAAGUGACAUUAUUGUAGUUUUGGCAGUAGCUGAGAUGUAUAUAAAUGUUUGCAUAAAUUAUUCAUUCUUCGAUGUAUGUAGAGGUUGUGUGUAAAUUUUGUAAAAUAUUUGGUUCGAUUAUGAACGCUGAUGUUAUUGAAUAACAGAAUCCAGAGAAAUUGAAGAAGAAACAUUUUUGUAUUACUGGAAAAAUCUACG